AUGAUGACAAAACAUGGAUUGAUUUAUUUUUUUAAUUUAGGUCAGCAUCUUCGUCUUGUUAUCCAAGAUCUAGAAAAUCUAAGUGACAUCCUCGGACGAGUACAAGCCGAACGUUUUUACCAACCAGUUGAUUCUAGUUUUCGACUGAAACUAUUAAUUGGUACACAGAAUCUUUUUCAUAGUAAUGACAAGGAACAUGAGCGUGCACGGAAGAUGCUUAAUCCGGCAUUUCAUUUUGAUAAUCUUCAAUCGAUGAUAUCAAUUAUGAUUGAACAUACACAGAAAACGAUCGAUACUUGUCUUGAAUAUUCUUUCGUUGCUAACAUAACGAAUUAUUUGAACAAGUUAACAUUAUCGAUCAUUGUCUCAAACACACUUGGAACAGAUUUUGGAAAUCACGAAAUUCGCGAUCAAGCAUUAACAUUCAUUCUCGCAGGUCACGAAACGACAAGUAAUUUAAUGUCUUGGAUUACGUAUGAAUUAGUGAUUAAUUCAACUGUCUGUCAUGACUGCCAAGAUGAAGUCGAUCGAGUUUUAUCGUAUGGUCUUCCACUAACCUACGUACAACUGAAUCAACCACCAAUCAUCGAAAUGGUCUCACAAGAAACACUUCGCUUGCAUCUGCCAGCACCCUUCUUCGCUCGUCAAUGUAUCAAAGAACAAAUAAUCGGCAAGACAAGCGAACGUCUAUUACGAAUACCAAAAGGGCUGACAAUUCUUGCAAAUGCCUAUGCGAUUCGUUGA